UUCUGCUUCUUGAAGUUGCGAAGAAGAAACAAGAAGAAAAGGCCGUUAAGCAACAGAGAAGGAGGAUCGAGGAUAAGAAGAAGAAGGAGAGGAGGAAAGCAAGAAGGUAAGUAGCUAUGUGCUGCUGCUGCUGCGAGGAUUGUGAAUGCAGGCCUCUGGGCUUUCUGUUGGGCCUGCCCUUCGCCUUCCUCUCCCUCAUCAUCUCCCUCGUCGGCAUCGUCGUCUGGAUCGUCGGGUUGGCGUUGACUUGCAUAUGCCCAUGCUGCCUCUGCGCGACAAUACUAGUGGAGUUCGCACUGGGGUUGAUUAAGGCUCCCAUUCUUGUCAUCAAGUGGUUCACUUCCAAGAUCCCUUGUUAGAAUUUAAUUCAUAUUUAAACCUUCUAAUACGUACAAUUUUAUUGAUUGAAAUUAUAUUCCUCUUGCUGCCCAGGCAAUGGCCAUGUACACUUUUCAUAUUUAAACAUUGGAAUUUUUUUUUUUCAAUAA